AUGGGGAAGCUCAGGGGCGUUGAGUGGUCAAUCAUGGGGUUGAGAGCAAGCAAGUUGGGCAGAAUUAUUGGAGGCAGAGGGAGCCACAAGAGGCUUGGGGGCUCAGCCAUGGCGCCCAGAGGCUAUGUCCCUGUAUGUGUUGGUGUCGAUGAUGAGACUAAGCGGUUCAUUGUUCAUACGACCACGCUCUGUGAGGAUGAUUUUAUGGAGCUUCUGUAUAGGGCUGCUGAGGAAUAUGGGUUCUGCAAUGAAGGGGUUCUUAGGAUUCCAUAUGAAGCUAAGGAUUUUGAGAAGUGGAUGGUGGUGAGGGCCAAGAAGAAGAGGGUGAAACCAAUAUAG